AUAACCUUUCGUGUGCUUUUGUGACUCUCAUUAUUGAAGUAAAAAAAGAUAUUUAAAACAAAUGUUUACUCAGAAUAAGUAUUUUCUAUAUAAAUAGAGAACACCAGUUUUGUGUAGACCCUAGUAAUGUCUCAAUCUGUAAACAUAGUAUCGGCUGAAGACUACAUGAAGGUUGUUGUAGUUGUAGAUGACACCAUGGCUACAGAAACUUCUGACUUGACUACUACUGCCUCGGCGCCUCGAAUGCUGACGGUGCAGCGCGGGUUAAUCGUGCCUCCUGAAGUCCUGCGGACGGAACUCCCCGAAGUUGCUUCUGCUGUUAAUGAUGCAAUACGCUCAAGUACCCGAAUAAGGCGGGUGCCCUACCGUCUGCAGCCGGAAAUCACACAACACACAACACAACAGCGUAAACGGCAACACACACCCACAUACAACAAACGUGCACUCAUAGCAACGCAGAAAAAACUCAUGCAAACAACACCACAAAGAAAAAAGAAAAUAACACUGCGACAAUAUCCAAGGAAAUUUCACUGCCACUCAUGUAAUCUACCGUUCCCAUCAAAGGAAGACUUAAACACUCACAACGAGCUAAAGCAUCAACAUAAGUGUGACGACUGCAAGAUAGGUUACAGUACUAAAGAACAGCUGCAAGAACACAUGUGUAUGUUCUGUAAACUAUGUAACAAAUCAUACACAUACUACGGUACAUACGUCACUCAUUUUAGGAAGUAUCAUUACAAACCAACGUUUACAUGCGUCGCUUGUGACGAGCAUUUUAAUAAUGAAGAUACGUUGACAGUUUAUCGGAAAAGCUAUGUCGCUUUUUACGCCCACUGUCCGAAGUGUGAUUGUAGGUUUUCUUCGUUUCUGUGCUACGAAUGUGGGGAGGCUUAUCCAGAUAUGGACGGUCUUUCUAAGCACUCCCAUGGCCAGGACUUAAAACACAAGUGCAGCAUAUGUAACGCACAAUUUGAGCAUGAUUUUGUUCUGGCUUCACACAUGCAAACGCAUUCUUCUUCAGUUAAGACGUAUUCGAAGGUGCCAGAAAUAAACGAAAAAAAUCAAGAGAACGUUGAAAAUAAAGAAAUUAAAGAGUCUCAUGAUACUAAAGUAGAAGAAAAUGUAAACGAGAAAUGGUUUGACAAUGUGAAGGAAACAUUUUAUAAAGCUGUUGAUAAAAAUGAGUCAGUUAAAGAUUUGGAAAACGACUGGAUCGCUGACGCUGUCAAACAAGAGUCUGAAGAUAUUAAAACAUCUGAUAAAGAAGUGAAAAUUGAAGAUGAUGAGUUAAGUUUAAACACUGCACAUAGACGGACAAAUAUGCUUGGUAAAAGUACAUUCGACAAUAGAAAACAAGAUGGAGUCAAGAAAGAAUCAGAGAAUUGGUAUGAAUUCAAUAUUGAGCCCACAGAGAUUCAGUUUCUUUCAGAAGUACAAAUCCAAAAGCAUCAAAGAACAAUAAUUAUUGUUGAAGAUAGUGAAAAUAGGAAUGAAAAAAUUAACAAAAGUUUAGAUAUUGUAAAAGUUGAGCCAUCUGAUUGUAAUAAAGAAACAGGAUUAGUAGAAGAAGCAUCAAGCACAACACCAUGCUUGGUUAAAAUGGAACCUCUGGAGUUACCUGAUGAAGUUGUUAGUAGUGAACCAUGCCUUGCUCGGGUCAAGACAGAGUGUACGUAAAAUUACUGUUGAACAAAUGUGCCAUUUUCAACCAAAAGGGUACUUAUUGUUUGUUGCCAAUAAGGUACUAUGUCCAUAUAGCUUCAAUAUGAAAUCAACCUUAUCGACAACUAAAAUGUGGUACCUUUUGGUUGAAAACGUCACAAAUAGUAGUCUUCUAUACUGUGAUAAUUCUAUUAUAAAUAUUUAACACAUCUAAAUAUUUAUUUUUAUUUGUAAGUACAGAAGUUAAAUAAAAAAAUAGAAAGAGA